AUGAUAUUUAACAAAGUAAAGUUGAUUACACUUUGUUUGUUAGUACUUUUAACUGUUUCAUAUGGUAUCGGUGUUUAUGAGCACCAACCAAGAAAUACAAAGAAACUUAAAGAUAUACCUGAAAAUGCACCAUUUUCAUUGAAUGUUGCUUUUGAACAAUUAAUGUAUUCAUAUGCAGCAUACUGCGAUCUAGAGGAAAUCAACUCAUGGACAUGUCCAUACUGUAUCACCGAUUAUAAUCCAAAUCCAGUUCAAAUUGUACAAACUAUGUUCCACACUUUUUCGAAUACCUUUGGUUUCAUUGCUAUCACCGGUGAAACAAUUGUUAUGGCAUUCAGAGGUACUCAAGGAAUUUCAAUAAAGAAUUGGAUCACCGAUUUGAACUUCCCACCAACUUCACCAUUCCCAGCUUUUCCAGCGGCCAAAGUACAUCGUGGAUUCUUAAACGCCUAUUUGAAUGUACAAAAUGAAACUAUUACAGGUAUUAAAAAUGCAUUGGCGCUUUGUCCAAAUUGUAACAGAUUUGUUGCCACCGGUCACUCUUUGGGUGGUGCAUUGGCUAUUUUGGCAGUGGCCGACGUCUUCCCGACAAUCAUCGAUCUACCAAUCGACAUGUAUACCUACGGUUCACCAAGAGUCGGUGAUGUUGCUUUCGCCGAGUAUUUCGAAUCAACCGUGCUCCAAAACUAUUGGCGUGUCGUCAACCAUCACGAUAUCGUACCACACUUGCCAACCAAAGACAUGGGAUUCUACCAUUUGCCAAUAGAAGUUUGGUUCGACGGUAAGAACGAUACAUCCUACAAGAUUUGCGAUGACUCUGGUGAGGAUCCAACCUGUUCAGAUUCAGUUCUCAUCGCGUUGGAUGUUGCCGAACACUUGGACUAUUUAGGAAUUGAAAAAUCGGAAUGUUAA